UGCGCUUAUCCUUCCGUGUGCUCGUUGUUUAUGUGUGAGUUGGACACCUCCUCUGUCAGAAUCCCCAACAAGUGAAUGAUUUACAGGACAAUUCCAAAAGUUCUCCUAAAAACAUCGAGUCGUCUCUUUAUUUUACGCCAUUCCAGACCGCUAACCUCAAAAAUGGCUUUCCAGUAUCCCCAGGCUUACCGUGACGAGGCAGUAGUGGAUGCAUAUCAUGGCACCAAAAUACCGGAUCCAUACAGCUGGUUGGAGGACCCGGACAGUGAAAAAACACAGGCCUUCGUCAAUGCUCAGAACCAGCUGACUGUACCGUUUUUAGAGGGUUGUGAGGUCCGGGACCUGUUUAAGGAGCGCAUGACGGAACUGUACGACUAUCCCAAGUACAGCUGUCCCUUCAAGAGGGGAAACAGGUACUUUCACUUCUACAACACAGGACUUCAGAAUCAGAGUGUGAUGUACGUCCAGGAGAGUUUAGACGCCGAGCCCACAGUCUUCUUAGACCCGAACACGUUUUCUGAUGAUGGAACUGUUGCUCUGCGAGGUUACGCCUUCUCUGAGGACGGCGAAUAUCUAGCGUACGGCACCAGUGCCAGCGGGUCCGACUGGGUGGAGAUCCGGUUCCUCCAGGUGGAAGGUGCCGUUCCUCUGGAGGACCACCUGGAGCGGGUCAAGUUUAGCUGCAUGUCCUGGACUCAUGAUGGGAAAGGUCUUUUCUACAACUCCUACCCGGACCAGGAGGGGAAAAGUGACGGCACUGAGACCUCCACAAACAUUCACCAGAAGCUGUACUAUCAUGUUCUGGGGACGCCGCAGUCUAAGGACAUCUUGUGUGCCGAGUUUCCUGACAACCCCAAAUGGAUGAGUGGAGCAGAGGUUUCAGAUGAUGGGCGCUACGUUCUGCUCUCAAUCAGAGAAGGCUGCGAUCCGGUUAACAGGUUAUGGUAUUGUGACCUCCAAAAGUCUCCGGAGGGGAUUACAGGCCUUUUGCCGUGGGUCAAGUUAAUCGACAACUUUGACGCCGAGUACGAAUACGUGACCAACGAAGGGACUGUGUUCACGUUCAAGACCAACCUGGACGCCCCGCGUUACCGACUCAUCAACAUCGACUUCCACUCUCCCGAGCAAAGCAGCUGGAAGGAGCUCAUCCCGCAGCACGACAAGGACGUCAUCGUGUUCGCCACGUGCACAUACUCCAGCUUUCUGUUCGUGUGUUUCCUCCACGACGUCAAGAACAUGCUGAAGAUGUACCGGCUGAGCUCGGGGGAGGAGCUGCGGACGUUUCCUCUGGACGUCGGCUCCGUCGUGGGUUUCACGGGACGGAAAAGAGAUUCGGAGAUCUUCUACUAUUUUACAUCUUUUCUGUCUCCAGCUAUCAUUUACCACUGUGAUCUAACAAAGGAUCCGCUGCAGCCGCACGUUUUCAGAGAAGUUACCGUCAAAGGAUUCAACCCGUCCGACUAUCAGACCACGCAGAUCUUCUAUCCCUCCAAAGACGGCACCCAGAUCCCCAUGUUCAUCGUUCACAAGAAGGGAAUCAAACUAGACGGCUCCCAUCCAGGUUUCCUCUACGGCUACGGCGGCUUCAACAUCUCCAUCACGCCGAGCUACAGCGUCUCCCGCCUCAUCUUCGUCCGGCAUCUGGGGGGGGUUCUGGCAGUGGCCAACAUCAGGGGUGGAGGGGAGUAUGGAGAGACCUGGCAUAAAGCUGGUAUGCUAGCCAACAAGCAGAACUGCUUCACAGACUUCCAGUGUGCGGCUGAGUAUCUCAUAAAGGAGGGAUACACGUCUCCAUCCAAGCUGACCAUAAACGGCGGCUCUAACGGAGGUCUUCUCGUAGCGGCCUGUGUCAACCAGCGGCCUGAGCUGUUUGGCUGUGCCGUAGCGCAGGUCGGCGUCAUGGACAUGCUGAAGUUCCACAAGUUCACCAUCGGCCACGCCUGGACCACCGACUUCGGCUGCUCCGAAAACAAACAGCAGUUCGACUGGCUGGUCAAAUACUCUCCGCUGCAUAACAUCCACAUCCCAGAAGGCAACGGGGUCCAGUACCCGGCCGUUCUGCUGCUCACGGGAGAUCACGACGACCGGGUGGUUCCUCUCCACUCCCUCAAAUACAUCGCCACCCUGCAGCACAUCGUGGGCCGCAGCCCCAAGCAGACCAACCCCCUGUUCAUCCUGGUGGACACCAAGUCGGGUCACGGCGCCGGAAAACCCACCAGCAAAGUCAUCCAGGAAGUGGCCGACACCUACGCCUUCAUCGCUCGCUGUCUCAACAUCUCCUGGGUCAAAUAACCGCUUUUUGUUACUUCAAUUUCAUCCCAAACGUAUUGAGAACACGUUCAUUCAACUGUUAUUUUGGUUUACUUUAACCCACCAGUAUCUGAGCGCGACGAUCGCGCAGCUGUAGUUUGAACACAGGAGCGUCCUCCUGAUCCGUGAUCGUUACAUCGUCUUCUUCAGGCUCCGACUGAACACAUAUUAUUUAUUUAUCAUUUACAAACGGGGAAAAAGCUCCUUUGAUGUUGAAUAAUGUUGACAGACAGUAUUGCAAAGGUUGCGGACAUUUGUAAAAAAAAAAAAAAAAAAACACAUUUCACGAAUGCUCGGGACGGUUUUUGUGUGUGGAUAUCAGUUCUUUAGGUUUCAGUGAUGAUUUCUACCUCUUGACUUGUGCUGAUUGGUUCCCUCCAGAAGGGAAACUAAACAUUAAGCUACAAUGACAAUAAAUAACUUUUUAAACGAAA